AUGCGGGAAUGCGUGCGGGUGCUCGGUAACUUUGCGAAGCGAGGGGAGACGGGGAGAGCGCGGACGGAAUACGUUGAUCAGCUUGUGUCGGACAUUGCAAGCUACUAUGGCUACAAUGAUUUCCUUGCAGAGAAGCUGUUCUCCCUGUUCCCUGUCGCUGAGGCUAUCGAGUUCUUCGAGGCGAACGAGGUUCCUCGCCCUGUUACGAUACGGACAAAUACUUUACGUACUCGACGCCGAGAUCUCGCUCAAGCGUUGAUCAAUCGAGGAGUCAACCUGGAGCCCAUUGGCAAAUGGACCAAUGUGGGGUUGCAGGUAUUCGAAAGCAGUGUCCCAAUAGGUGCUACACCCGAGUACCUCGCGGGGCAUUACAUGCUCCAAGCUGCCUCCUCUUUCCUCCCCGUCAUCGCCCUCUCUCCUCAGCCGAAUGAGCGUGUGCUUGACAUGGCCUCGGCACCCGGUGGCAAGACAACGCACAUGGCUGCGCUCAUGCAAAACACCGGCAUCAUCUUUGCGAACGACGCUACCAAGGCUCGUACAAAGAGUUUGACGGCAAACGUGCACCGUUUAGGCUGCAAGAACGUUAUCGUGUGCUCGUACGAUGGACGAGAGUUCCCGAAAGUCAUCGGCGGGUUUGACCGCGUGUUGCUCGACGCGCCGUGCAGCGGUACUGGUGUCAUCAGCAAGGAUGCCAGUGUCAAAGUCAACAAGUCCGACCGCGACUUCGCCCUCCUAUCCCACCUGCAAAAGCAGCUCAUCCUCUGCGCGAUCGAUAGCGUGAGCCCUACCUCAGCGACGGGCGGCUACGUUGUCUACUCCACUUGCUCCGUCACAGUCGACGAGAACGAGGCCGUCGUUGACUACGCGCUCAAGAAGCGUCCGCAUGUCAAGCUCGUCGACACCGGACUUGAGUUCGGUGUGCCGGGUUUCACCAAGUUCCGUGGAAAGCAGUUCCACGAAAGCGUGAAACUUACGCGGCGGUUUUAUCCGCACGUGCACAACAUGGAUGGGUUCUAUGUCGCGAAGUUCAAGGUGGGAAAGCCGUCGAAGGCGAAGGGUGAGAAGGAGGAGGAGAGGGAGUUGAAAGGCAUUGAGAUGGACGAGGGAGAGCAGGAAGAGAUUACCUUUGACCCGGAGGAGGAUCAGCCGUAUCUCCACGAGGCAAAGCGCCAGCGUAUGAAGGCAAAGGGUUUGCGCCCGCCGCCGAGAAAUCGCGCAGCCCCUUCGACUGCGACACGAACAGUCACUGCGGCUGCAUGA